CGGAUAACAAUCAUAAACCAUUGAGAAAUGCUAGAGGUAGAUGGUGCUAGAUUCUAGACUUGAAUGUCAUGUAUUAUCUGUUGGGCUGGAUUGGAUUGGAAGUUGUGUGGUGGACGGACAAGCAGGGGUAAUGUAAUAGCUUGUCAUGCUGUGGGUCCUCGGCAUUUCUGCUUCUCCAUUAUUAGCAGCGAGCGUUUCGGCGUAGUAGUUUCUGAAGAGUUGGAUCUGCUUUAGGGGACAUGACGAUUAGAUGGCCAAGGAUUCUAACACCAACCCAACUCUCACAGAUCAUUCGUGAACAGAAGAACCCUCUGAAAGCGCUUGAAAUCUUUAAUCAGGCGAAGGGUAGAUAUCCAAAAUACCAUCAUAAUGGACCUGUUUAUGCAACCAUGAUUAACAUUUUAGGGAGCUAUGGCAAGCUGAGUGAGAUGAAACAUGUUAUUAGUCAGAUGAAGGAAGAUUCGUGCCGGUGCCACGAUUCGGUCUUCGCCAGUGCCAUCAAAACCUAUGCAGAGGCCAAAUUGAUGGACGAGGCGGUUUUGCUCUUCAAGAGCCUUCCGCAGUUCAACUGCGUGAACUGGACUCAAUCUUUCAAUACCAUGUUGGAGAUACUGGUUAAAGAGUCUAAGCUUGAUGAUGCAUAUCACAUCUUUCUUGAGAAUUCAAGCCGAUGGGAAGUGAAGUCUCGGACUUUUUCUUUGAAUUUACUAAUGUCUGCCCUUUGCCAAACCAAAAGAUCUGAUCUUGCGUGUCAUAUAUUCCAAGAGAUGAAUUAUCACAGCUGCUGUGUAGACAAGGAAAGUUAUAGGAUUUUGAUGAACGGACUGUGCCAAGAAAAGAUGUUUGAGGAGGCUAUUCAUCUAUUGUAUUCGAUGUUCUGGAGGAUUUCAGCAAAGGGCAGUGGUGAAGAUGUUGUGAUAUAUAGAGCACUUUUGGAAGCGCUGUGUGACAACGGGGACGUUGAUGAGGCACUCAGGAUUCUUUCAAAAGUCUUGCAGAAAGGGCUUAAGUCUCCUAAGAGACACCGCAGGCAAAUUCAGUGCCACCAUGGAGCAGAUAUCGACAGUUUAAAAGCACACAUCAGUGAAGCUUUAGUCACCGGCUUAAUUCCAAGUCACAAGAGUUACAGGGCAAUGGCAAUUGAUUAUUUUGCUGGAGACAAGAUUGAUGCAGGUAACAGAGUUUUGAGGGAAAUGUGUAAUAAAGGCUUUAGGCCAUCAGUUGAGAUAUAUGAAGCUAAAUUACUUGCAUUGUUUAGACAGCAUCGGGUCAAUGAGGCCGUGGAGGUUGUUGACCGGGACAUGCUAGGUAACAACUGUGUUCCCAACAUUAUGAUUUACAAUACUCUAAUAAAAGGCCUAUGUGAUGAAAGAAAAUCAGAUUUUGCUGUCAAGUAUCUAGAGAAGAUAUCAAGGCAGGUCUGUUGUGUUGCCAACAAGGACACUUAUGAGAAUCUAGUGGAUGGGUUGUGUCGUGAAGGAAGGUACAGACAAGCAAGUCUUGUGUUGGAGAACAUGCUGAAUAAUUCCUAUUGGCCUAAAGUUCAAACUUUUAAUGCUCUUAUCCAAGGUCUUUGCUUGGUCGAUAAUAAUUUACACAAAGCAAUUGUGCUGUUAGAGGAGAUGGUUAGUCAAGCUAAGAUACCCGAUGCUUCUGUUUGGCAGUCACUGGCAGCUUCUAUAUGUUCUGAAAAUGUUGGAAACCAUUUUCUUUAUAAACUAUUGGAAAAAUUGAGGGAUCCUGAAGUAUGACAUUUACUCUAUUUUAUGCAUCUCAUGUUACACCGCACUUGAUUUUUUCUACUAUGCAUCCUGUGUCUCACCUUAUUUUUUUGAUUGAUGAUAAGCUAAUAGUCCUCUAUGUUUUCUUUCAGUUUCAUGCAAUAAUUUGAUAUGAAACUUCAAACUUGUUCCAUUCUCGUUUGUUCUUUUAAAAUCCUAUUUUUCUCUUCCCUUAAACUAUCAUUCCUUUGUUAGCAUUCCUACACCAGAAUUCAGUGUCAUGCUUUUGUAUUAACUUCAGAAGGUCACUUUUUCAGUUUGGCGUAAAAAAAGAGGCUUCUCCAACUACUCAGGAUAUUUCUUCUCAAAUGUGAGAGAAAAAUCUGCUCAGUUUUAAAUUUAAUUAUAAUUUUCUUAGCAAUCCAUAAAAUUCCU